AAAUUUAAUGCAAGGGAAAGUAUAUAUAGGAAUGGAAACAAAAAUAUAUAUCUCUCUCUAUAAGAAUGCCUAAAGAAUUAAUAAUAUCUCGACAAUUUUUUCAUAAUGUCGUUCUGGUCAAUUCGUGGCCGGAUCAAUUUAGUCCGAUUACUACGAACCAACAGAAUUUUCACCGGAGUUUUAAGCGAUUUUGCUUCUUUAUUUCACUUUCUUCCUCCUUCCGUUGCGGCUGAGAAAACUAUUGACUCGGUGGCUAAUGAGUCGGUGUUGAAUUCGGUGGUGAAGAUCUACAAUUUUUCUAGCAAGCCUAACAUUUGUUAUCCUUGGCAAACUAAGCCACAAAAAAUAUCCAUAGGCUCAGGGUUUGUGAUUCCGGGUAAGAUGAUUAUUACAAACGCUCAUGUGGUGGAUAAUCACAUAUUGGUGCUAGUCAUAAAGCAUGGCUCACCAAAGAAGUACAAAGCAGAAGUUAAAGCUAUCGGGCAUGACUGUGAUUUGGCUAUUUUGGUGAUCGAAAGCAAAGAGUUUUGGGAAGAUAUGAAUCCUUUGGAGCUUGGAGACAUGCCCUUUUUGCAACAAUCAGUAAAUGUUAUUGGCUAUCCAAAAGGUGGUGAGAGUAUCUCCGUUACAAAAGGUGUUGUGUCUAGAAUCGAGUCAAAAGAUUAUGUUCAAGGUGCCACUAAUCUACCGGUACUACAAACAGAUGCAGCAAUUAACUCUGGAAAUAGUGGUGGUCCGGUUUGCAUAGGAAACAAAGUUGUUGGUGUAGCAUUUCAAACUCUUAGACAUUCUAAUAACAUAGGGUACUUAAUCCCAGCUCCAGUGGUUAAACAUUUUAUAACCAUUGUUGAAAAAUCCGGUCGAUACGUUGGUUUCUGCUCGCUGAAUCUAUCAUACCAACCUAUGGAUGCACAUUUUCGUAGUCAUUUUAAGAUGAAUUCUGAAAUGACAGGGAUUCUUAUAUACAAUAUUAAUCAACAUUCGGAUGCUCUCAAUAUUCUUAAAAAAUAUGACGUUAUUCUUGCAAUCGAUGGCGUUGCUAUAGAAAAUGAUGGUACAGUUAUUUUACCAAAUAGAGAAAGGAUAAGGUUGGAUGAUUUGGUUUCUAUGAAGCAAUUUGGUGAAACAAUCUUACUUAAAAUUUUAAGAGAUGGAAAAAUGCAUGAGUUCAAUAUUACUCUAAAGCCAGUAAGUCAUCUAUAUAUACAUUUUUGGAACACUUUUAGCAAAUAAAUCCUGGGAUUGGUCAGUAAACAACACAUUAAAGGUUCCAACGUUGAACAAAUUGUCAUUAUUUCUGAGGUAUUAGCUGAUGUGAUCAAUGUGGAAUACUACAUGUUCAAGAAUUUGAAGGUGAACAGCGUCAACAAAGUGAAGGUGGAGAAUCUAAAGCAUUUGUGUGAACUCAUAGAGAAAUGUUGCAAAGAUUUGAGGCUAGAAUUAGGAGAUGGUCGAGUUAUAAUCUUGGAUUAUCAGUCGGCGAAAAGUUCUACUUCUUUGAUUUUGGAACGUCAUAGAGUACCAUCGGCAAUGUCCAAAGAUCUCAUGAUUGAACAAUCCAAGGCAUGUUUGAGUACGAAAUUAUAUUAAUAUUAGUAUACUUUAAAUUUAGGUUUAUUCAUUUCAGCUGCACUAAAUUCAGCUUUGGUUUAAUUGAUUCUCUACAAAGUAUUGUUACCGAUCGCGUCAAAAUAAAAUUUGGUUCUAUUCGAUGAUUAUGCGCACCUCAAAAGAACGGGUCGUAAUCCCAUAUACAAAAAACAAACCAGAAAGUAAAAAAUAGAAGAG